UCGUAUGGAAUUAAUGAAUUAUUUAAUUAUUUUAUUGAAAUUUAUCCGUAUGGUUAUCUCGUAAGAAGAAGAAUUUAUGAUUGUGACGGUUAUUUUUUAUUAGUAUCGAAUGAGUCGCGAAUUGUUUAUGCAAUGCAAAGGGUACCAUCACAAAUAUCGACAACGGAAAUUCUCAUUAUUGUUGAUAAUCAAAUAGAAAAUGAUUCGAAAAUAUUCAACGUCUCAUUGUAUCAAAAUUCAAAUGUUAAUUUAAUUUCUCAUUCAGGCUCUUGGACAUUAUCGGAAAAUUUUCUCAAGCCUCGAAAAUUUCGCAAAAUUAAAAAGUACGAUGAACUGGUACACAAGAAAGGGGUAGUAAAUUUAGAGGGUCGACUUCUUCAAGCAGCUGCUUAUUACAAUCCUCCCCUUUGUUAUUUAAACACAACAAUUAAUGAGACAAUAAACGGUGUUGAGGCUGAAAUUUUUUUAGCUGACAAUGAUUUUGAAGUCGAUGGCGUGGAAAUGAGAAUAUUUGAGCUUAUUGCAAAAAGAUUAAAUUUUCGCUGGUCCAUUAGGAAACCCUCGGGAAGUUAUAGAUACGGAAGAAAAAUAAAUGACACAACUUGGAAUGGCGGUAUGAUAGGGCAAAUAUUCAGAAAAGAGAUUGAUAUAGCAUUUAGUGGAAUAUGGCUAAAACAUGAUCAUUAUUCAUUUGCAAAUUUAUCUGAGCCCUGGUACGAACUUGCGGUCGAUUUUCUGGUUCCUCGACCAAAACCGUACAGCAGUUUCUGGGCAAUUAUUCGACCAUUCACUGCUGAAGUUUGGACACUAAUAAUUAUAAUCGUUAUAAUUCAAACUACAAGCACAAUCAUUAAAGCUCAAAUGGAUCCAAACGUUCCACGUUAUUACAGAAAUUUUAUCGUAACAGUAACUGAAGUUAUGGGAAAUUUAGUAGGUACUGGAAUAUCGGAAACUGUUCCCGAAUUGAGAUUGCAAAUGUUCAUUUGUCAAUUUAUCGGAUUUUUACUUGUCACUGCUUACAGUACAAUUCUUGCCGCCAGUUUAUCGAAUCCCGAAUAUGAAAAAAGAAUUGAUACUGCUAAACAAUUUGUGGAGGCAAAUCUCACGUGGGGAAGAGAAGGACCAACGCCAAUUUUUAGUGACUUUUUUGAUUUAAACGACACAUAUUUUUCACAAUUUCCAAGUAGAUUUGAACACGAAGAGGGAAGUGCUGUUAGACACAAAAAAAUUCUUGAAGGUAAUUAUGCCAUUCUUGGAAGAUUUGUAGGAUCACUUUUCUUCCCCGAGAAUAACGUCACAAAUACCGAUUUAAAGAAUUACAGACUAAUGAAGGAAAAUGCUGGUAGAUUUUAUUCUUCUUUUGCCGUACAACCGUGGCUUCUGGAACCAGUUAAUAUGGUCAUGCUAUGGUUAAGAGAAGGUGGCAUCACUCUUUAUCAUUUAAAAGAUGUAAUUCGUCGACGAGCGGUUCACAGUCUGCGUGAAGUUUUAGUGGAAUACGAUUACGUUGAUGAAGGAGUGGCCAUAAUUUUAAAUCUAACACCCCUUGGAGGAGCAUUUUCACUUUUAAUUGUUGGCUUUUGCCUGUCAACUUUUGUUUUUUACUUGGAAUUACGUUCGGUGCGCGGGACAAAAUCAGUUUUCUCUGUUCUUCGAGUUAUUCAUGAAAAAAAAUCUCGUGAAGAGAACGAAAUUUGAAAGAAGAAAUAAAAUUAUACACA